CCUGGCAAUAACUCAAGUCUUCUUCAUACUUCAAAAACACACGCUGGAGGCACCCAAGGGAGAAGGAACAACGCGUUUACAAACAACAAGUGUACCAUUUGAAGAGUGAUUCUGACCAAGAAACCCUAAAACAAUUUGCAGAUCCAACCCAUAUUACGUCAUGAAGAAUCCCAAACAUACCACCUCCAUCUUUACAAUCUCAUUCUUACUAUACUGUACCCAAGCCUUACCCAGAACUACCCCUCCCUUAGACCCCGGCCAUCCCUUUCUCUUCAUGUGGAACGCCCCAUCCGAACUGUGUGAAGUCCGAUUCGGGAUGCCUCUGGACCUGUCCUACUUCCACCUCAUCAGCAGCACUUUGAAAUCCACCACCAACCAACCCAUCUCCAUAUUCUACACUGACCGAUUUGGCAUUUUCCCUUAUAUCGACGAAGACACCGGUGAGAUAUACGACUACGGCUUACCCCAGUUGGUCGAUUUGAAAGACCACCAUAAUCGUGCAGAAGAUGAUAUUGAAUACUACAUCCCGAUCGACAAACCCGGACUAGCAAUUUUAGAUUUCGAGGAGUGGAGGCCGCAGUGGAUUCGAAACUGGGGAAGCAAGAAUAUCUACAGAGAGAUUUCCAUUGAAACUGUUAAGAAGAAAAAUGCUUCUCUAACUGACGAUGAAGCGGAAGAUCGCGCCAAGAUAGUGUUCGAACGAGCGGCAAAACGAUACUUCCUCAGAUCGAUAAAUGUAGGAAAGAAGUUGAGACCCAAAAGACUAUGGGGUUACUAUCUUUAUCCGGAUUGUUAUAACUACGAUUACAAUCAGGAUAUGGUGGGUUAUACAGGGGAGUGUCCAGAGAUUGAACAAGUGAGAAACAAUGAGCUCUUGUGGCUGUGGAACACAUCUACAGCACUGUUUCCAUCCAUUUAUCUGGAGGAGGUGCUGAGGGAUUCAAUGCAAGCACGAAUGUUUGUGAGGCAUAGGAUAAAGGAGGCUAUGAGGGUGUCUGCGCUCCCAAACAGAACGUACUCCAUACCUGUUUACGCCUACAUACGGCCCGUGUACAAGGACAGUGUGGACCAGUACAUGUCUGAGUUUGACCUCGUAAACACGAUCGGAGAAGUGGCUGCUCUGGGGGCAGCUGGAGUCGUGUCCUGGGGAGACAUGAACAUCACUGACAAUGAGGACUCUUGUUUUGACGCUCGCCGUCACUUGGAGCAGGUGAUGAACCGCUACAUCCUAAACGUCUCCAUGGCGACGCAGCUGUGCAGUGAGGCCCUGUGCCAGAGCCGGGGCCGCUGCAUCAGGAAGCAGUGGGACAGUGACCUGUACCUCCAUCUGGACCAUCGGAGGUACCACAUAGACAGGCUGAGGAGAGGGGGGCCCCUGGUGGUGAGAGGAGGACUGUCCCAGGACGAUGUGGACUACUAUGACAGGUGGUUUGACUGUAUGUGUUACACGGAGCAGCCAUGUAGAGCUCCGAUAACACUGAAUGUUAUCAAUGAGGCUUUUGUUACAAAACAGGGAAACUCCGCAGAGGCACGGACGACCAGUGUUUAUGUACUACUGAUGAUGGUGCUAAUGUGGAACUUUAUAUGAAAAUCAUGUAGGAUUGUGGACUAAAUUUGUGGUAAGCCAUAGGUAGUACUCAUUUUCUCAGUUACAUUUACUUGAGUAACUUUUUAAAUAAAUGGUACUUUUCAGAGUACUUUUCUAGCAGCCACUAACUACUCGUUUGAAGAUAGUAAGGUUCAGAUCUUAGCCAGAGAAAAGAAAUGGUUUGAUGAGCUUUCUUUUUGUUAGGAAAGCCAAUCCUUCCUUAAACAGGAAUGGGGGGCUAAGACAUAAUCCAUCCCCCAUCUAUAACUUCAUCCUCAGACCCAAAACAAACAGAAGGAACAAGGAGAACAAUAUGGUGAGCCCGUAGGACUAUUAAAGGUUGAAGACUGAAACUGGAGACAAUAGCUGUUUACAGUUUCAGUGUUGUCACCCCCUCCCUUCAGACAGAUAUAAGGCAGUGUCCACCAGCAAUCUGACCAGAACUAAAGAAGCGGCUUGGAUGAGCAGCGAAACGUCUUCACUCCUACAACUUUUUGUCCAGUUGACAGGCUUUUACUAUUCUAAC